GACAGGACUAACAGGGCCACAGAACCUCCCUCGGGGACUUCCUGUUGUCACGGACUCACUCGCUUGGAGAAAGCCAGACUUCAGGGUGGGACGCGGGAACGCGGGAACGCCAGGCUCUGCGGAGUGCGACACGUCCUCGUGUUUGGGGCACAUGAUCUCUUGAGGUUCCUUAUGCUGAGGCUAUGUUUUCUCAUCAGUUUCAUGUGCUUGGUGAAAUCAGACACGGAUGAAACAUGCCCGUCCUUCACCAGACUGAGCUUCCACAGCGCGGUGGUUGGUACAGGACUCUCCGUGAGACUGAUGCUCUACACACAGAGAGACCAGACCUGUGCACAGAUCAUCAACUCCACAGCUCUGGGGAGCUUAAAUGUGACCAAGAAAACCACUUUUAUAAUCCACGGUUUCCGGCCAACAGGCUCCCCUCCGGUUUGGAUAGAGGAGCUGGUACAGAGUUUGAUCAGUGUACAAGAGAUGAAUGUAGUGGUUGUUGAUUGGAAUCGAGGAGCGACAACUGUGAUAUACCCCCAUGCGUCUAGCAAGACCAGACAAGUAGCUUCUAUUUUGAAGGAAUUUAUCGACCAGAUGUUGGUAAGAAAGACUUGUCUUAGAUGACCUUGGUGGCUGGUUUGGAAACUUAAAACCAAGAGGCCAAAGGAGCUUCUCUGGACAACAUUUACAUGAUUGGAGUAAGCCUAGGAGCUCACAUAGCUGGAUUUGUUGGCGAGUCGUAUGAGGGGAAGCUGGGGAGAAUCACAGGUCUUGACCCUGCAGGCCCUUUAUUCAACGGGAGACCUCCUGAGGAGAGAUUAGACCCCAGCGACGCGCUGUUCGUGGACGUCAUCCACUCCGACACUGACGCACUAGGCUACAAGGAAGCCCUAGGACACAUAGACUUCUACCCGAAUGGAGGACUGGAUCAACCCGGUUGCCCCAAGACAAUAUUUGGAGGUAUAAAAUAUUUCAAGUGUGACCACCAGAUGUCCGUCUACCUGUACCUUGCAUCCCUGCAAAAUAACUGCUCCAUCACGGCCUAUCCCUGCGACUCCUAUCGGGAUUAUAGGAACGGCAAGUGUGUCAGCUGUGGCGCUGGACAAAUUGUGCCAUGUCCCCGUGUAGGCUACUAUGCUGACAACUGGAAAGAGUACUUAUGGGACAGAGAUCCUCCGAUGACAAAGGCGUUCUUCGACACAGCUGAGACAAAGCCAUACUGCAUGUAUCAUUAUUUUGUGGACAUUGUAUCUUGGAACAAGAGCGUAAGAAGAGGGUUUAUUACAAUCAAACUGAGAGGCGAAGAUGGCAAUAUCACAGAAUCCAAAAUCGAUCAUGAGCCAUCUGCAUUUGAGAAAUACCAUCAAGUGAGUCUCCUCGCAAGAUUUAAUCUAGAUCUGGAUAAAGUGGCAGAGAUUUCCUUGUUGUUCUCCACAGGGUCUGUAGUGGGCCCAAAGUACAAGCUCAGGGUCCUGCAGAUGAAGCUGAGGUCUCUGGCCCAUCCAGACAGGCCUCACUUGUGUCGGUAUGAUCUCAUCCUUAUGGAGAAUGUUGAGACAUCCUUCCAACCUAUUCUGUGCUCUCAGCAGCAGAUGUAGCUGCUGUUAAGACCUGUGGGCAGUGGUGACAUCAAGAUCUCUACAGCUACAGACUUUCAGUGCCUCACCCUACAGCGUCCUGAAGGCUUCCAAAGCAUGGGGAAGAAAACCAAGGUUAUUUUCGGCUGUGUUCCAAGGAUGUCGCGUCACAAAAAUGUCAAAGGACCUGCGAUUAUGAAACAGCACUGGGAGGGGGGGCCCUAACUAGGGCAAGACAGAAAUAGCCCAGCUCCCUACAGCAAAGCACUUUGUCUGGCUGCGUCCCGAGGCCCCACUUGUUCCCCACUGUCGAAUCUGCUGCCUGUCAUACCACACCCUCAGGGCCGUGGGGCAAACAUCUAAGUGUUCCCUGUGCCCAAUCCUCUGCCAUCUCGGCAGGAACCGAAUGGAGAAUGAACCGGACUACCUCACAGGGACUGUGGGUGGGGAGGGCCAGGCUGUGAAGGGUUUGGAAAUCCCUUGGGUCCCUUGGGUGGACUACUGUGAACAUGCUUUUCUUUUGAUAGGGUUUAGCUCUUACGUAAAGACACACAAUCUCUCUUUUUCAACACCAGCUUUCCUCCUGGACUGUUUGCCUUGGGGCGGCAAGAAGGCUCUGGCUUAGUCCAGACUCUUCUGAAGUGAUGCUGAUGGCCAGAGGUAUUGGGCUGGGCUCAUAGCCCUGAGGCCUGUGCAGCUAAGUGGAAGAAAGAAAAAAAACAGGGUUAGCAUUGCAGCAUGUGGACUGGGCAGAGAAAAGGCUGGAAGGAAACUGGCCUGCUUUCACUCAAGUUGCGAAAGUGUUAAUUACAAGGUUGUUUUUCUGCUCUGGGAUUGAGCAUGCUAAGUGCACUGAGCCCUGCUCUCAGCUUCAGACAUUUUUUAAAAGUAGUCCUUAAGACUGUUUUCUUAAAAAACAAAAACAAAAGCUGGGCAGUGAUGGAGCACAACUUUAACCCCAGCACUUGAGAGGAGAGGCAGGCAGAUCUCUGUGAGUUCGAGGACAGCCUGGUCUAUAGCGCAAGUUCCGGGACAGCCAGGGCUACACAGAGAAACCCUGUCUUCAAAACAAAAACAAACAAAUGAAAGUUUUCUUUCCUUCCUAUUGGUGUAAUCUAUACUUAUUCCAGGAAAUUCCUUAAGGUGUAUAGAUGUAAAAUAAAAAACUGUGCACAGUCCUGCCUGUUAGAGGGAUUAAUGUUAAUAUUUAGACUUGUUGCUCAAACUUGUGGGGCUCAGAUUCAGAGCAUGGCCGGCUCUUGGGGCAUGGAAACUCUGAGAAGUCUUUCCUGGCCUCCCUGGAGGCAGAUGUGACUUCAAACAUUUUUGAAUAACAGUGGCAAACAGAUUAAGGGGUCACAGAGGGCCAGGGACAGAGGGCAAAAUGAAAGUAGAACAGUUAGAGGGUCCAGAUGCCUGGUGUGUGGAGGUGAGUGCCCCCCACCCCUCAGGAAGGUGUCACAGGCCCAGGGCCCUUCUCUACAUUGAACUGCCCCAGCUGUUGUAAAGAAAUGAAUACUGUGAGCAAAUGGGUUGAAAUCCACACUGUCUUAGUUUCUUUUCCCGUUGCUAUGAUAAAAUGCUCUGAUAAAAACAACGUGAGGGAGAAAGGGUUUAUUUUAGCUCGCAUUUCAGGGUAUACAGUCCACCGAGACAGGGAGUCAGGGUAGCAGCAUCGUAAAAGCAGCUGGUCCUAUCGCUGCCACAGUCAGGAAGCAGGGUGAUGAACGCAUGCUUGCGAGUAUUUAGCUCAGUUUCCUGACACAUUUAAAAAUUGUUACACUUUGUUAAUUUAUAGCGUGUGUUUGUAUCUGUACACAUAUGUACACAUGUCACACACAGUGCACAUGUGGAGUUCCAAAGGGAACUUGUGGGAGUCAGUUCUCUCCUUCCAAUGUGUGGGUCCCAGGUAUCUGGGCAUUAGGCUUAGAGGCAAAUAUGUUUACCACCUGAGCCAUCUCACUGGACCAGUUUCCCAACUCUUACACAAUUCAGAUUCCCUGACUAGGGAAUGGUGCCACCUACAAUGGGCAGGUCUCCAUAAAUAUAAUCAAGAUCAUUUCUGGGGCUGGACAGAAGGCUUAGUGGUUAAGAGCACUGACUGUUCUUCCAGAGGUCCUGAGUUCAAUAUCCAGCAACUACAUGGUGGCUCACAACCAUCUGCAAUAGGAUCUGAUGCUCUCUUCUGGUGUGUCUGAAGACAGCUACAGUGGACUCAUAUAUAUAUGCAUAAAU